AUGCAACUCCUCCGCCUCCUCUCCAGCCUCCUCGUCCUCUCCACGACUCUUUCCCUACCAGUCUCGGUCUCCGCUGUUAAUGGCGAGAUCACAUCGCCUACUAAUGGCACGGCUGUCAUGCCUGGAGAGUCGUUCGACUUCAAAUACGACGGAAUGGCGGAUUACAGCGUCUCGGGGUACAACUAUUCAGUGUGGUUGUUUACCUCUCUCCCCGAGUCGUUCUCACCAUCAGAGACCUUCGGUGCUGGAUACUACUUUGGACGAUACGACUACGCCAACUACCCUGGCGUCCCGUAUGCGAGCCACCCAGCCCCUGCUCAGCUUGUUAUGCCGAACCUCGAUGCACGCUUUGGAGGAUUCGGAAUCGGAAAAUCGGCUAGCAAUGCGUUGGUUUACCUCGCAGUCAUAGAAGAAUGGGCUUCUGGAUCGACGUUUGGGUUUCAAAUGAACCUCGCACUGACGCAGCUCAUAUACAACGGUACAUCUUCAUGA